AUGCCAUCCAUCGGCACCCAGCCAAUGGCACGCUCUGUGGUCCAAAUCCACGCAGGCGCAGAUGAUUCGCAGCUCAGGGUGGACGAAGCUCGUGGCCAGGCACUGGCAUUGGCACUGGCACUGCUGGGCACUGAGCACGUUGUUGUGCGGAGGGAACAAGAGGGGAAGGACGAACUUUCUUCAUUGUUAUCAAGAAGUCGCUAGCGAGGAUCUACGCGAUAUUGUCCCCAAAGCCUUCAAAGUCUGA